CUUUCUCAUCUUAAUCUGGAGGAUGUCGACUCGGUAUCCGAAAUCGGUGGCCCGUCGAAUGCUGUUCACGGUGGCAUGCAUAGCCUCGCCUCAGCUGGACCUCAACUCUAUCCCAUGAUGCCCAAUCAUCAUCAUCCACAUCAUCAUGGAAUUCCCGACUCUGCAUCAUCUGGAGUAACUGUUUUGCCUAAUCCAAACACAUCCACUGUGUUUGGAAUGAUGCCUCCAGGCACAGUUGGACCGGGUGAAGGCGUUGGGCUCGUUGGUCAGUCGAGCAGUAAUGGUGGAGGUGGCGGCAAUGCAACCGGCGGGCCUCCUACGCAUUACCCAGCCUAUCCGCCCCUACUUUAUCCAAACUCAGCUGGAGCAGCAGGUUCCGGAAUGAUGAUGAACCAUACCAGUCAAUCGGGUGGAAUAAUCGGCACUGGCGGUGGACCGCCUUUGUCUCACAUGCCCAGUCAGAUGAUCAUGAACAGCCUUGACGGCAACACAGGCCCUGGUAAUCAAAUGCUUUUCCCGGUUGAUACUCAAGGGUAUCCGGGCGCGGUUCCAUUGCAGUUCCACCACUCUCAUCCUGCCACGUCACAGUCACAGCCGUUGUCUAAUCAGCAGUCUCUGCAGCCACAGAAACAAGCGACCGGUCGUGGCAAUUCCUCUUCCUCGUGUUCUUCCCAAUCCUCAGCAUCAUCGGCCUCAUCCUCGUCCGGGUCCACAGCCUCAUCCGGUACACGCCUUGGUCCAACCAUGAAGAUAUCCGGUGGCAACGGAACGUCAUCUGGACCUGUACAGUUGACAUCAGCUUUAUCUGAAUUGAAGUUCUAUAUGCUCCUCUCUUAUCACGUUGAUCUUUGGCCCCUGGAUCGUAUUCCAGGCACCAGCAGUGCCAGUUCGGCAAGUCGGCAGAACGGUACCGGGGCUAGUGCAACNGCAACAGGUAGUGGUAGUGGAAGCGUCGCUACAGGCCGGAUACCUUCACGAUUGCCACCGAGUGGCACCGGUUUGGCGCAGACGUUCAAAUCCGACGGUACUUCACGUCUCCCUUCUGUAACCGUACCUGGCCAAACGGGUUCCAUCGGUGACUUGGGCCCGAAAACAGCACCACCAGUACCAUCCCAUGCUACCUCCAGUCCUAGCACUACCAUGGGCUCAAUGGCAAAGCCUAGCAACGCAAUUCCUCACCGACAGCAACGGUGA